AGUAGAAAUACUCUCAGUCGCUUCAUGCUAUAUUACAGAAACCGGCCGACAAGCUCUGCCCUGAUGAGCCACUUGACUCGCAUGCAGACUGUUUUUUUAGACCCUUUUAUACCAUAGAUGAUCAGUGGGACUUAUCUGCUGAUCUUACGGUCGAAAAUGAAGGUACCUUUAGCUAAUUCAAGGGAUUCGAAGUGCCAGAAAGAUCUUAAUACCGUCUCGUAAUUCUUAAAGCCAAUAAGAGUUUUUUCUAAGACAAGCACGACGGAGCAAAGUCACGCUUCCAUUUCGAUCGCCUGAGACUUGCGUACAAUAGGCGAUUUGCAUGAUGCCGUCAUUUGACUACAACUAUCAGAAUUCUUCACUUUCUCUGUUUCUCGUGCUGAUUAGCGCAAUUGUUAUUUCAACCCCUCUGGGACUUCAAAAUUUAAAUAAUAAAGAAAAAACGAAAAAAAUUCUGGUAGUUGUAGUCAAAUGACAACAACGUGCAAAUCUGCUAUAGUCUUCAGACUAAGAUUGGAAAAGGAAAUUGCGGCGAGGAGUAUUAUCGUUCCUCCCGGAUGGGAUGCUAGUCCAUCGCGGGCUGACCAUCACCUCCCCACCCAGUCUUGCCUCCUGUAUUUUGUCGGGUUGGCCUUAGUAGCGUACUCUUGGAUGAAGAGAGAUACUGUCAAACUAAAGCCUUUUGGGCAAGAAAAGGUCGAGUCAGGCAUGAUCCCAGGGCGCCUGUUGCGCUAACCAGUAGGUGAAUAUGCCUUCAAAUAAAUUUUAGAAAUUGGCGUUUUUGACACAUAAAGUAUCCAAAGACUCCUAAUACACCCAGAAAAUGAUAGUUACUGCCAUGGCCAGUUGUAACUUACCUCUAGGAUCUUACUUUUACAGUCCCACCAGUUCUAAAGCAAAUGUGGGGGACUGGAACAGAGGGGGAGAUGGCCAUUAAGAAAGGAGAACGUUUGUCGCUGCAAUGUGAAACGGAAAACACGACAUUUGCACACAUCACGUGGUACAAGGAUGAUGAGCCUCUACCUGUACAGCGGUCCUUCUCGAGAAACAUGAUCAGCAUCCCAGAAAUCACUGGUAAUGAUUUUGGUGUUUACGAAUGCAAAGCCCAGAAUGCAUUGGGAGUGACCUCCAUGAAGAUGAGAGUGAUAAAUGCUAAACUUCUGACGAGCAUGAAAGUCGCCGUCGGUUGCCUAGCAGCACUGUGUUUCCUUUUCCUCGUUGUUAUCGGCGUGUUAGUGUGGCUGUUAAUCAAAGCCAAGAAGACAAAAGCUUCUGAAGACGAUGAAAAACCAGACGAGAAAUCACCAGUCAAACCAGCCGGUCCAAGACCAAGCGACAGCGAUUUUAAGAUCCCUGAAGCUCACGCCACUGGUUCACCUGGCAUGGUUGCAUCACAUGGCAGUAAUUCUUCUUACAUUCCUCUUAAAUCGGGAAGUUCGAAUGGCGGCACUAGUCAAACCUACAGAGCCACAUAAUAUCGCAGCCUGGUUCGACCAGUACUGUAAAAUUAUCUAGCUAAGGCCUCGUCUAACUACCCCGGACAAAUUUGAAAACGCAGCUCUAUUUCUACGUCUACACUAAUCCGUCACGAAAACGUAACUUUCAAUUCGAAAACGCCCUUCAAACUUUGCAAUUGAAUUUGAAAACGCCGGCUUUGAGUUUUAGUGUGGACGGAAAACAUUUUGAAA